CCGCCCAAAGUAACACAGUUUCAACGGAAAGUAAUGAAGUUUGGUGAUAACUUCAACGCCACCUGCGUUGUCCAGGGAAAUCCUUUGCCGGAAGUUGCUUGGUUCAAGGGUGCUUACCCAAUAUCCACGGUAACGGAUGAUGCAAAUGUGCGCGUUCAAAUUGUUACCGUUGACAAGACAACCCGUCAUGCUAUUCUAGAGAUUACUGGACUCUUAAUUCUGGACAAUGGUGAUUACUCAUGCCGGGCAAGUAACACCCUCGGUACCGCCUCUUCCACUCUCCAGCUAAGAGAAUAA